UCAUUCACAACAGCUCGGCUGAUGGGCGACAGGGUGUGAGAGAACCGGUGAAGUCUGCUCUGGUGUCGGAUGACCAGGUUAUCUUCUGUCUGACUGUCUCUUUGGACAAGCUGCCAGUCAACACACUCAAAGCCAAGGUGUCUGCAUGUGUUGCCCAAGUUCUGGUGCCAACAUAAAAACACAAAAGGCCUUAUAUAUAGAUCCACUGUUUGGUUAGGUUAUCCAUUCUGGGCUACUGUAGAAAUAUAGCGACGAAAUAUGGCAGAUUCUGUGGAGGGGGAUCUGCUCCCUAUGGAGGAGAUGGCUAUAAAUGGCUCAUUCUAAGGGAAUGAACACACAACGAUAAGUAGUUUUACAUGGUUAUACACUAAUAAAAACAUACCUAUUUAUGUUAUAUUCAAUUUCUUCAUCAGUCCUGUAAUGCACACACACAUUGUUACACAAAUGUCCUUUAAUUCAACCUAUUUUACAGUAAAUGUCUGGCAGGCUGUAAAAAUGUGCAUGCGAUGCAAGGAUUAACGUUGGACUAACUUAUUAGAUAUUGUGUGCUAUUUAUAUUUGUUUCAGCUCCAGUGUGGGAACAUUCUAGCUUUAAGCUGUAGCAUUUACUGAUAGUAUGCACACUCAAAGGUAGCAACCACACCGCACAAUAACUGAAUGUGCUAGACAAGGUUCAUUCCAGCUUUUCAUUUUGUCCAUAAUUUCUAUCAGUAAUAAUAACACUGUUCAUCCUAGCUGAAUUGCUGAAAUCUGGGAUCACAGUGACAAAUCUGAUAGGUCAAGAAACAGGAACAGUCAGAUGAUCAUAUUAGACAAUUUGGAAGAGAAAAUGAAGGUUAAAUGAUUACCCAAACUGUCAUCCACUAUCAGCGAAGCUCAGUUUCGUCGUAACAUUGCAAUAAUGGACUAACCCUAAACCUAAUUUAGAAUUUUCCUGUAAGAAAGCCUGAUAAUGAGCCUGUAAUGGAAUACAGUAUAACUCUCUGGUCCUGUUGUGUGUUUACCUGCCUCUCUGUGGUGUCAGAUCAUAGUAACUGUGUGGAAGCAGGAGGAGGAGAAGGUGGAGGUGAGAGAACAUGGCUACCUGACUCUUCUGCAGCUCAGGAGUCCAACACACACCUUCAGACAGGACCUGAGCACCUUCAAGGCACAGGUCAACACCACCCUCAAUGUUCUUCCGCCUCCCAGUGUCCAAUGUCAGCAAAUGACUGUCUCUGGAAAACACUUGACUGUUCUCAAAGUGUUGAACUGCAGCUCUCAGGAGGAGGUAUGUGUCAGAGAUGUGAGGAUUCUUCCUAACUAUAACUCAUCCUACCUCCCCAUAAUGCCAGAUGGUUCGGUUCUUGUAGUUGACAAUGUCUGCCACAAAUCAGCUGAGGUCACCAUGGCUUCAUUCUGUCGGAUGGACGGUGAGUCAUCGCGCUUACCCAGCAAGCUCAGUGCCUUGGAGGAACAGAAUUUCCUUUUCCAGCUGCAACUGCAAAACAAAGCAGAGGAAGAUUCAAGUGAGGGCUUGGAAGUCCCAUUGGUGGCUGUGUUACAAUGGUACACUCCAGCACUCCCUUUCACAAGAUGUAUUUCUAGUUGGUACUCGUUGCCGAGUAUCCGCUUGGAUCGUCCUCAGCUGGUGAUGACAGCUUCCUGUCCCAGUGCUGUCAGGCCACUGGAGCACUUCUGGGUAAAAUACACCCUGCUGAACAACUUGCAGGACUUCCUGGCUGUCCGUCUGAUCUGGAAUUCUGAAGCUCAUAGUCGGGUGUAUCAGCAGGACCCCAGGAUGGGAGCAGUGGUGUGCCAGUCUCCCCUCAACAACCUGGGACAGUGUAGGAAGGGCUCCACCAUCUCCUUCACUGUGGCCUUCCAGAUCCUCAGGACUGGACUCUUUGAGUUAAGCCAGCAUAUGAAACUGAAACUCCAGUUCACGGCCUCUGUGUCCACUCCUCCUGCGGGGUCUCGAUCAUCACUGAGGAUGAGUCCGUCAUCGUCCAACCCCGCAGCCAGAGAGCUGCUAGAGAGACACAGCCUGGGCCGAUCUCAGAGCUUCUCACACCAACAGCCAUCUAGGUCACACCACAUCAGGUCAGGCAGUGUGAUGGAGCAUCGGGCUAUCACACCUCCUGUGGGAUCUCCAAUGGGCAGUGCCCCCUACCUGACCCCUGACCAUACUGUCAUCUCACUAGACAAAAUAGCCAAGAGAGAGUGUAAGGUGUUUGUGAUGGAACCAAUCCAAGAGGCACAGUGCAGGUGUUUUGGGUGCUGAGUAGGGGGAAAAAGAGACCAUUUUUGGUCUAUGUUGCCACAACUAUUUCAAUUUAUUUAGUUCUUCAAUUCCAGAGGAAUGUUCUCAAGAGAAGUAUUAAAAUCUCAGUGACUGGACAAAGGACAGAAAGCUAUAUGUAUAGAGAGAUCAUCUAUAUAUCAGGUAGAUAUUAAUUUAUUCUUAAAACCUUUUACUAUGUUGAAAUGUUUGCCUGAUGACAAAUUUCAUUGUUUUUCAUACUCAACUGACCUGCAGGGUCUGUUGAGAACUCUCUCAUAUCAGCAUUUAUUAGGAGUGAAAUAAUUGGAAGUGUACUCAGUGAACACUGUCCCAAUAACCAGUACCAAAUUAGGUUGCUUUGGGUUUACAGAUACACAUCAGUAGGAAACUGUUGGACUGGUAAAAUAAAACAUCACCUGUCCACAUUUUAACUGAGGUAAAAUGACUGUACUGUUGAAAAACUGUGUCCAGCAGUAACCACACUUAGAAGUCAGUUUUAUCAGGCAACACUUACAUAUAACACAGCUAAUGCUAUAGCAGAGAGACUGCUUCAUCAGGUGAACACAAAAGGUCAUUUCACUGGAAAUUGUGCUGUAACAGCUGAUGUUGUGAGUGUACACAUUAACACACAGUCAUACAAGUCCCACUGGUUUAGCCUGCUGUAUUUGUCAUUAGUUAAAAUAUUUUCAACUUAAAGCUUUCUGCUGCAGUUUGCUUAUGUGUGAAUUGCUGGGUACAGUACAGUUACAAAAUCCUUGCCAGUGGCACCUUGAUGCUGAAAUGUUCAUUACAUUCCUAAUUAGCUGAGUGUUGGAUAGAGUGACAAACAUACUGAUGAUUUACUGUAACUAUCCUGAGACCUUAUCAGAAAUGGGGCUAAAUGUGAUCUUCAUAGAAACUUCUAUCUUAUCUAUCCAGUUGUUGUGAUACAGUAUGUUUGUACCUUUGUACAUUCCAGUGUUGAAGCAGUUACACACUUUAGACAUUACCAGAUCCUUCAUGCUGAGGAUCAUCAGGAUACUGUUGCUGAACAUCACAAUGUUCAAAGUGAGGACCUCAAAUGUGGGAAAUUGUACAACACACACUGCCUUUGUACACUGGAGCAGUCCAUUGAACUCUGUUGAGUCUGACUGAACACAGGUGCAGUUCUGUACAGUUUUGAAAAAACAAAAAACAAUCUGAAUGUUUCCUUUCAUUUCAUUCUUUGGUUUUAAACCUUCUUUCUAAUGACUUAAAUCUUUUAGUCAUAUUUAGUGUGUGAGGAAGAUUAUUGCUAAACCUUUUUGGUGUCAGAUAUGUUUUGGGGUGUCCUGUGUUCUGCCUACUUUAAUGACAAAUAAAGAAAAAUGUCAGCUGCAUACAUUUCAUAGUGUUUUCAUUUCCCCAUAAAGUAUUGUGACAUUAAAGUCUCCACACCAUUUUUCUCUUCUAGCAACACUUCCUGAGAUCUCAUGAAAUAUUGAUUAUUGCCAACAUUUUGCAAGGAUUGUAAAAAUGUAUUUCUUUCAUGGCUCUUCUGGGAUUUCUAUCAGUAUACAUUUAUACUUAUUUGGGACAUUGAGUCUUCUAAGUGCUGAAAUAUUUGAUAACAAAUGUUACACAACUUCUAUCUUGUCUUCAAAUUCUCUCACAUCUAACGGCUGUAGUCUGACAUGGUAAAUUGUGUGGACUAAUCAUGUCCGCCUUUUUCCUGCAUCAGACGCAUUACCUCUCUCUAUCAAGUAUUUUGCAUCAGACAAUCUACGUUUUGACCUGUUAGAUGGAAAUUCUGAGGAUCACCAGACUUAUCACGUGGUUAUGUCUGUGCCAAAUUUCACAGCAAACAUGGCUAAAAAUCCCUGUUGUGUAAAAAUAAAAACUAUGAGCUUGA